AAGGCCGCCUGCAGCUAUCGCACCGCUAACGCCGCAAACGGAAAGAACCUCGGCCGUGGUUCCCCAAGUUGUGGGGAGUUACCCCGGUCGCCUAUCGUCACCAGCCGCCUCAAUGCGCGGCGUCUGCCCUCGGUAAUCCAAUGCCAGUUAGAACGCGCCUGGUUAUGUCCGUCUUCUUGUUCUGGCAUCCUUCUACUUCCACUCCGCUCUCUCCAUAAGAUCUCUUGGCCGGAUAUUAAUUACCAUCACCACGUCGAUCAUCAACCGCUAAAAUGCCUUCAAAGAGCCUGUACCCUGACUUGCCAAUUCCAGAUGUGGAUCUCUGGGCGUUUCUCUUCGAAAGGAAGGACAAGCCAUAUGCCGAUGACAAAGUAAUCUACUUCGACCCGUACACCAAGCGUUCUUACACCUAUGCCCAAGUUCGAGAUACAGCCAUCACAUUUGGCAAAGGGCUGAAGUCACUCUGGGAGUGGCAAAAAGGCGACGUUCUCGCCUUGUACACACCCAACUGUAUCGACACACCUGCAAUAACAUGGGGUUGUCACUGGGCAGGAGGUAUUCUCUCUCCAGCGAAUCCAAACUACACUGUUGAGGAACUUGCGUUCCAACUCAAGGAUUCCGGAGCGAAGGCUUUGGUGACCCAGCUUCCUUACAUCAAGAAUGCGCAAGAGGCUGCGAAGCAAGUUGGCAUCCCUCUUGAUCGCGUGAUCGUAAUGGGUGAUCAGAAAGAUCCGUCUUACAAAGUGAAGCAUUUCACUAGCAUCGUUAACACAGCUGGAACAUCGAGAUGGCGAAGAACAAAGGCCACCAACCCGUCAGAAGACCUGGCGUUUUUGGUGUACUCUAGUGGAACUACAGGUCAUCCUAAGGGUGUAAUGCUGACCCAUCGCAACAUCGUCUCCAACACAAUGAUGAUCAAAGCUGCGGAGGCUGGUAAACUGCAGCCAACUGGCGGACCAACUGGUGAAGGUGAUAAACUUCUGGCUUUCCUGCCAUUCUUCCACAUCUACGGCCUGACUUGCUUGAUUCACCAGAGCUUGUACUCUGGGCUCCAACUUGUUGUGAUGCCAAAAUUUGACCUGGAGGACUUCUGCAAGUUCAUUCAAGAGCUCAAGAUUACAUUUGCUUACGUAGUACCGCCAAUUGUUCUACUCCUCAGCAAACAUCCUUUGGUAUCGAAUUACGACCUCAGCUCAAUCAGGAUGAUGAACUCUGGCGCAGCGCCCUUGACUAGGGAGCUCGUAGAUGCGGUCCACGACAGAUUGAAGAUUCCAGUUAAGCAAGGAUACGGUUUAUCCGAAACUAGCCCGACAACGCAUACCCAACCAUGGGAAGAUUGGAACAAGACAAUCGGAUCCGUAGGCAAACUUCUGCCCUACCAGACAGCAAAGUACAUGUCUCCAGAGGAGAAGGAGAUGGCAGUUGGGGAGGUUGGCGAAUUAUGGAUCAAGGGCCCGAACGUCUUCAAGGGCUAUCUGAACAAUCCUGAGGGAACUGCGCAUGCGAAGACAGCAGAUGGGUACUUCAAGACAGGCGACGUUGGAUACCAAGAUAAGGACGGAAACUUCUUCAUUACCGACCGCGUGAAGGAACUCAUCAAGUACAAAGGAUUCCAGGUACCACCUGCGGAAUUGGAGGGUAUCUUGGUCUCACACCCCAAGAUCAACGACGUAGCUGUGAUUGGAGUGUACUCGAAGGAUGAUGCCUCUGAACUGCCGCGCGCCUACAUCGUACCCAAGGAUGGGCUUGGCAAGACCGAUGAAGAUGCAAAGGAGAUCAUAGACUGGCUGAGCGCAAAGGUCGCGCAUCACAAGAGACUACGCGGCGGAGUAAGGUGGGUCGAUGAGAUUCCCAAAUCUGUAAGCGGUAAGAUCCUCAGACGGAUGCUCAAGGUGAAGGCGCAAGAAGAGGAGGACGCUAAGACCAAGGCGAAGUUGUAGACUUCCUUUACCUUGGGACUGCCUUUACCUUGGAAUGUACAAUGUAUAUCAGGAACUACCGUUCCCUUACCACCUGUAUUCUUGUCCAUUCGUAUGACUAUCAACUUUUCUUACCAUUCCUCUGCUGUCUCCCUCCCACCUCAUCUGUAC